AUGCCAGAUUCAGUACGAAGGUCGCCUAAUGCGUGGUGGAAGGUCUUGAACAUGUCCUUCGAAUGGGAGUCCCAUGGUCCUUCCGAGAGGCGCGAGAGACGAGCUGUUGAUCAGCAAGAGCCCUUUGGGGAAUGUCAUCACACGCCCAUGCAUGGAGUCAGGUCGUUGACAGCUGGCCUCUUCAUCAGCAGGAAUGCACCACACAUUUGA